ACGGUGACGCUGUUGCGUGUGCAGCCGGGCACGGUGAGCGCCAUGGACUACGGACUGGAUCGCCGAGUAGACUCCAACGCAGACCUGGCCAAAACGCCCGACUACUACGAGAGAAUGAUGAUCUUUACCCAGCAGUCCAUCAUGCGGCCCAGAGUCAAGUCGUCCGUCUCCAUCGGCGCGUUGGUGAAAUACUGCGCCACCUACAAAAGCCACGACCCCUUCCUGUCCAAGUGUCUACCCAGCAACCCCUGGCUCACCGAUGACGUCACCUACUGGACCCUGAACAUGCCCAACGUGGACACGCCCACCAAGAUGCGCGUGGAGCGCUGGACCUUCAGCUUCGGCGAGCUCCUCUCGGACCCGCGAGGCCGGGAGGACUUCAAGCGCUUCCUGAAGAAGGAGUUCAGCGGCGAAAACUUGGCGUUCUGGGAAGGAUGCGAGGAUUUAAAGUGGGGCACAGCCGCCACCAUGAGGGAGAAAGCUGAACAGAUCUACAAGACCUUCCUGGCCCGUGGCGCCCCCCGCUGGAUCAACAUAGACGGCAAGACGAUGGAGAUCACGGUGAGCAGCCUGAAGCAUCCUCAUAGAUACGUGCUGGACGCCGCCCAGACGCACAUCUACAUGCUGAUGAAGAAGGACUCGUACGGCCGCUACAUGAAGUCCCAGGUGUUCAAGGACACCUUGAAGAAGGCCCUGGUCCCCGAGGAGCACAAGUUCACCGACGCCCAGCUGGAGCAGAACGCCAAGAACCGGCGGCCCAGCGUCAGCCCCAUCAUCCUGCGGCAGCAGGAGCUGGAGGAGCGUGCCAAGACUGCGGCCAACGCGCCCGUGGACAUCACGCAGCUCUGCCGCUUCACCACCCCCAUGCCCCACCUGGCGGUCUACUCGGGCCUGGCCGACUCCCCCUCCACCAACGCCUCGUCCUCCCUCUCCAUCCUGGCCCACCCCCCGGCCUGCCCGUCCCCCAUCAGCGUGGCGCUGGACAGCACCUCCGCCUCCGAGCGGCGAGCGGAACCGGGCGAAGCGGACCGGGACGGCGAGGUCCGGACCCCCGGCGAGGGCAACGCGUGCAAGUCCAAAAUGGCGCUGUUCCUGCGGCGGCUGCUGAGGCGAGGAUGCGGGCCGUCCGCCGUCUUCGCCAGCCUGUCCCCCAAAUGCAACUCGGCCGCCGGGUCGGGGGGGCGGAUCCAGCCCAUCAGCCCGGACCUGACCAGCCAGGCCCCGCCCAGGAGGGUCGGCAAUUUCUUCCAGAUCAAAGUGGACAUCCCCCCGGAGUGCCGCAUCUACCCCAUCGAGUCCGAGGACGAGGAGGACGAGAACCGAGCCGCUCUCGGGGCCAAGGAGAUCAUCUGCCCCUGGGAGAGCCUCACUUCUCAGAACGGGACCGGCUAA